UCUCCGCUAGUCCCGGCUGCUGCCCCCUCCCCGCCCCCCCCCCCCCUCUGUGCACCGCCUCCUUUCCCCGGACUGCCCAACCAGCGUCCCGCACCCGCCUGUGAUUUUAAUGAGGCUGUGUGAUGAAGUGGAAAUAAUUUCUUGCAGCGGCAAAUCCUCUUUCCUUCACUUCCCCCGUGCAGCGCUGCCCGUGUGGGCCUCUUUCUUGUUGCGUGGGCUGGUCUGGGAGGGGGAAGUUGAGUGUCGCUUACCACUACCCUGUAGUAGCGGGCAGGCGGUUUGUUCAGCUGCCCCAUUCACGAGUGAUUUUUAAAACCCCACGCGAUCUCAGCGAACGGACGGAAGUCAAGUCGUUCGGUGAGAAUCUGCAUAGCCGAACCUGCAUUCCUGGAAUUGUCGUACUGCAAGAUUGACGCUUCAGCCUCUGUGGAGGGGAGAAGAGAAAAACUCUGGCACGCCCAGGCAUCGUGAAGUGACGAGGAGAGCAAGCGAGGAGCUUCUGCUGGACGCUGCCAACCCCCUCUCUGAUGUGCUAUAGGGAUGUGGCUGUAUGAAUUUGCAAUUGUGGUAGCAUUUGCUGCUUACCCUGCAGCGGAACAGACAGGGGAAUAUGGCCCACUGUUUUUGGAGGAGCCGGAAGAUGUGACAUAUUUGGUAGAGUCCUCUGAGAAAAAGGUGUCGUUCAGAUGUAGAGCCAGUGGACACCCUCCCCCACUCUACAGGUGGCUGAAGAAUGGGACGGAGGUUCCGAUCACCGGACAUUACAGCCUGGCAGGGGGAAGCCUGAUCGUGAGAAAUCCAUCCGAGGGUCGGGAUGGCGGCGUGUUCCAGUGCCUGGUCACCAACUCCGUCGGAAGCAUCAUUAGUGUGGAAGCCAGACUACAGUUUGCCUACUUGGAAAGUUUCCGGAGCAAGCCCCGGGGCACGGUGGCCGUGAGACAGGGCCAGGGAGUGGUGCUCAUAUGUGCUCCUCCACCCUAUUCUGGCGAGCUGACGUUUGUCUGGCUCUUCAACGAGAUGUACGACUACAUGCGUUCAGACGGGCGGCGCUUCGUGUCGCAAGUGACUGGAAACCUCUACAUCGCCAAGGUGGAGGCGACCGACGUGGGGAGCUACACUUGCAUGGUCCACAAUACGGUGACCAACACUCGCGUGGCCAGCCCUCCUACUCCGCUCCUCAUCAAGUCUGGAAGAAGCAUGGGGGAGUACGAACCGAGAAUCGAAGUGGGCUUUUCACCAAAGACUCACACGCUGCUGGGUCACACGGUCAGGCUGGAAUGUUUUGCUCUUGGAAACCCCGUGCCCGUAAUAUCAUGGAGGAAAAUCGACGGACAACUACCAAGUAAAGCAUAUCUGAUGGAAGCGAAUGCAGUUUUGGAGAUACCCAAUUUCCAGCACGAAGACGGUGGCAAUUAUGAGUGCAAUGCAGAAAACGUGGCCGGAAAGAACUCUGCUCAAGGGAAAAUAACAGUGUACGCUCCCCCCCACUGGAUCCAGCCAAUCAGUAACGUGGAGCAGGGCAUUGGAGACAAGCUGUCCUGGGACUGCAAGGCAGGAGGGAAACCCCCUCCUACUUACCGCUGGCUCAGGAAUGGAGUGCCCCUGCCAUCAGAGAGCAGAUUCAGCGUGAUGGCAAACGGAGAGCUUAUACUGCAAGAGCUUCAGCCGUGGGACAGGGGCAUGUAUCAAUGCCUGGCCGAGAAUAAACACGGCAGGAUUUAUUCUCACGGAGAACUCAGAGUAAAAGCCUCAGCGCCUGAUUUUAGAAGCAAUCCCCUGAAGAGGGUGACUCCAGCUGCAAGAGGGGGCCAGGCUGUCAUCAAAUGUGAGCCGAAGGCCUGGCCCAGGCCCUCGUUUACAUGGACCAAGGGGAACGCAAUGGUCAUGGACAAUGAGCGGAUGAGCAUAACGCAGAAUGGGAGCCUCUGGAUUCGGAGCGUAACUGACGAAGAUGCCGGCACCUACACCUGCACGGUGGAGAAUCACCUUGGGAGUGCUAACAGCACCGGCAGAUUAAUAUUGAAAGAAUCAACCCGCAUCACUGUGGUGCCCUCGCUCAAGAUGGUUUCAGUCGGGGAGAGCAUUGUGUGGCCCUGCCAAGCAUCCCACGACCCAUCCCUGGAUAUUGUCUUUGUGUGGUCGCUCAACGGGCAGCGAAUCGACAUGGAGAAGGACGCAGAGCAUUACCAGCUCCUGCAAGGGCAGAGGGAAAACGUCGGAGACCUGAUGAUCAAGCGGCUGCAGCUGCGCCACCGCGGUAAUUACACGUGCACCGCCCAGACGUCCGUGGACAACACGUCGGCCUGGGCCAUGCUGAUGGUCAGAGGGCCCCCGGGGCCUCCAGGGGCUGUGGUGGCCGAGGAGGCGACGAGCACGACCGUGCGGCUCACCUGGAAAAGAGGGAGCAACAAUCACAGUCCCAUCAUCUCCUACAAAAUCCAGGCCAGGGCUCCAGUGGCGUCGACGGGGUGGCUGAAUGUGCACACGUCUCCAGAUAUAAUUUCUGGAGACUCUGAACAGGCCACGGUCGUAGGCCUCACACCUUGGAUGGACUACGAAUUCACAGUACUCGCCAUCAAUGCUUUGGGAGAGAGUGAAGCUAGUCGCCCAUCAAGAAUGAUUAAGACCCAAUCAGCUGGUCCAGAAUUGGCACCGGAGAGGCUUGGAGGCGGAGGUGGCCACCAGCAUGAGCUCGUCAUCACAUGGCAGCCUGUGGCACCGCAGUUCCAGUACGGGCCGGAUGUCGGCUACACACUGGCAUUCCGGGAGAAUGGCACCAAAGCGUGGCGCCAAGUGACGAUUCCGAAGGCGGAAUCAUACCGAUACGUCUACCGCAGUGACAAUCUGGCUCCCUACGCUCCCUUCGAAGUGAAAAUCAAGAUGUACAACUUCAACGGGGAAGGACCUUUCAGCAACAACACCAUCGUUUAUUCGGCAGAAAACGCACCAAAAGUUGCUCCGUCCAACGUGACUGCGAGGAGCCUGACGUCGGCAGAAGCAGAGGUGUCCUGGAGAGCUCCACCUCUCACCUCCAGCACAGAGCGUAUCACUGGUUAUGAAAUUGUGUACUGGAAAAAGUUUGAGGGAGAGCUGACGGCCGAGAGUGCACGGACAGAUGGCCUGGAAUCUAGCGCGGUGCUCCAAAGUCUCACGGGCAGCACCGAUUACCAACUGGUCGUGAAGGCAUACAACAGCGGAGGCACGGGACCACCCAGUCACAUCGCCCAGCUCGUCACCAAGAAGCCUCCACCUAGCAAACCUCCAAAAAAUAUCGACUUGAAGCAGGAUGGCACCAAGGUUACAUUACACUGGGACCCGGUAAUUGCCAUGGAGAAUGAAUCUGCUGUCACUGGAUACAAGGUGUCCUACGUGUCACUGGACAGAGGCACCGACAAAGCGAUCAUAACCAAUGGCACUGGUGUGGAGGUGGUGCUGCCCGAUGGGGGAGUGUAUUCAUUCGAAGUGCAGGCUCAGAGCGACGGAGGCUUGGGGGCCUCGAGCUCACAAAUGAAGAUACCCGACAGAACAGGGCUGAAGUUGGGAAGAGGACGUAACAAUUCAGCAGGAAUUGACGUGUGGAGUGUAUGGGGCCUCAUUUCACUGGGAGUGCUUGCCACUGGGAGGAAUGGACUUUUAUGAGGAUGGGAAAUUAUGGAGAGUUUCAAGAAUUAAAACUGCACUGAACUGCUAAUGCUUAUGUGGUCCUUGAAUUUGAAAUAAAGAAUCACAGGUACAAAAUGGUAAAUUAAACAUCGUGUUCAAUUAACGUGUUUUAUAUGUACUCACUGUUUAUUUCGAAAAGGUACGUGCAUUGUAUUGGGAUUUCACUGCAGAAUUCUACUUUAAAUUCACCACUGCUCCCUUAUUUCACAAUUUUCUGUAAUGCAUUGAAAUAAUGGCUUUAAUUACAAAAUCACUUGUAGAAGUCUUCAUUUUCUUGACAAUGUAUUUUGCUGAAGAGAAAUACGAAUGGGGAAGCAACAUGUAAAAUAAAGACGUCAAUUUUGUUUUGAAACUCGAGGAAGAAAACAAAAUGAAGGGACACUUUUCUACGAUCACAUUUUUC